AUGUCUCUGCCGAAAUCCGGGGACCACCCCCCGGCGGCUCUCCCGCCUGUCGACAUCAAGCCGUUGCUCAAGAGGCUCUGGCCUGUGCCUCUGAAUGGCCCUCAGGUGACGGCCGACGAGAUCGCCGAGGCCAUCUCCCACUUCUUCACGGCCCGCGUGUCCCAGGCCCAGGCGGCGUCGCUGCUCAUCUCGCUGCACUUUACCAACCUCGACCGUCGCGCCGAUGUCAUGGCCAAGUCGGCCUACGUCAUGCGCCAGGCCGCCGCCACCGUCGACCUGCCGUCACUCGACCGCGUCGUCAAGGCCAAGGGGCUCGCCGAGGGUGGCUACGGCGGCGGUCUCUGCGACAUUGUCGGCACGGGUGGCGACGCCUACAACACAUUCAACAUUUCGACGACGGCGAGCAUCCUCGCGAGCGCCCUCCUCGCCGUCAGCAAGCACGGCAACAAGGCGUCGACGUCCAAGUCGGGCUCGGCCGACCUCGUCGCCCACAUGCAGCCGCGCGCGCCCGUCAUCACAGACGUCAGCCCGGCAACGCUCGAAAAGGUCUACGCCGCCACCAACUACGCCUUUCUCUUCGCGCCCGUCUUUCACCCGGGCAUGCGCUUCGUCGCGCCCAUCCGCAAGGAGCUCCCCUGGCGCACCAUCUUCAACCUCCUCGGGCCUCUCGCCAACCCGGUCGAGGACGCCCUCGAGGCCCGCGUCAUCGGCGUCGCCCGCAAGGAGCUCGGCCCCGUCUUUGCCGAGGCCCUUACCAUCGCCGGCUCCCGCAAGGCCAUGAUCAUCUGUGGCGACGAGGAGCUCGACGAGGUCUCGUGCGCCGGCCCCACCCUCAUCUGGCGCCUGCGCGAGGGGCCCGACGGCGUCGUCCGCACCGACCACUUCACCGUCGAGCCCGCCGACUUUGGCCUGCCGACGCACCAGCUCGACGAGGUGUCGCCCGGCAAGGAGCCGGCGGAAAACGCCGAGAUCUUGCGCCGCAUCCUCAGCGGCGAGGUCGCCGACGACGACCCCAUUAUGGAGUUUGUCCUCCUCAACACGGCCGCCCUCUUUGUCGUCUCGGGCAUCUGCGAGGCCGACUCGAGCAGCAUGGGGCCCGGCGACGACGGAAACGUCAUCACCGAGCGGGGGCCCGGCGGCGAGCGCUGGAAGGAGGGCGUCCGGCGCGCGCGCUGGGCCGUCAAGAGCGGCGCCGCCUGGAGGCAGUGGUCGGCUUUUGUGGACGUGACCAACGGCUUUGCGUGA